AUGGCACCUACCGCCCCCCUCAAGAACUUUGCUGCUCGCAGCGCCGGCACAAUUAAUACUGCCCUAGCCCAUCGCCCAAUCAUUAUUGACCGCGACGAGACGUCUGGCCUGGAGCCCUUCCGUCGACUCAUUUCCCGAAACUCCAACUCCGAAGAUGGUUCCGACAAGAUGAUCAACGCCCUCAUCACCGUCCUCGUUCUCGCCUUUGUCUCCAUCAUUCUCAUUUCCACCCUCUACUUCUUCCGUCGCUCCCGCCGCCUCCAGAAGCUCCGCAACCAGUCGCUGCCUACCUACAACGACGCCAGCAAGGAGCCCAUGCUUCAGCACAGCCUCACCAUUGAGACCAAGCACAACGGCCGCUCCAGCAUCGUUGUCAUUGGCCGCGACGGCCAACCUAUGCUGCAGAACCCCAACUCGCCUCCCGACUCUCCCGACAACGUUCCCGAGAUUCACAUCACCUUCCCCGACGAGCAGGGCGACGACGGUCGCCGCAAGAGCGGCCGCGUCCUCAUUGUCAGAGUCGGCGACAAUGCCGCUGUUGGCCUCGAACCUGUACGAGAAGAGCAGCUUCCCGCCUAUGAGAAGGAAGCCAAGGGCCAGUUCCAGUCCAUCGACAUGGACAAGAUUGGCGGCCUAAAGGAAAAGGAUCGCAGCCUGUUUCAAUAG